GUGCGGUUCGGCUGAGCGGAGGUAAGCUAUGGAGGAUGGGAAGCCAGUGUGGGCGCCCCACCCCACCGAUGGGUUCCAGCUGGGCAUGAUCGUUGAUAUAGGAGCCGACGCGCUCACCAUAGAACCGCUGAACCAGAAGGGCAAGACGUUUCUGGCUCCUAUGAACCAAGUCUUCCCAGCAGAGGAUGAUGUCAACAAGCACGUCGAUGACAACUGUUCCCUCAUGUAUCUAAAUGAAGCCACGCUUCUCAACAAUGUCAGAGUUCGGUACACUAAGGACCACAUCUAUACGUAUGUGGCGAAUAUCCUGAUAGCCGUUAAUCCUUACUAUGACGUACCGAAACUGUACGGGCCUGACGCCAUCAAGUCGUACCAAGGAAAGUCGCUGGGAACUCUGCCACCCCACGUCUUCGCUAUAGCGGAUAAAGCCUACAGGGACAUGAAGGUUUUAAAGAUGAGUCAAUCCAUCAUCGUUUCUGGUGAAUCUGGAGCUGGAAAGACUGAAAACACAAAGUUUGUCCUCAGGUACCUGACAACAACAUAUGGCAGUGGUCAAGAUAUUGAUGAAAGAAUUGUGGAAGCAAAUCCCCUUCUGGAGGCAUUCGGAAACGCGAAAACCGUCCGUAACAACAACAGCAGUCGGUUUGGGAAGUUUGUAGAAAUUCACUUCAAUGACAAAAACGCCGUUGUGGGUGGAUUCGUCUCCCAUUACUUGUUGGAGAAAUCCAGGAUCUGUAUGCAAAGCAAUGAGGAGAGGAACUACCACAUCUUCUACCGGCUGUGUGCCGGGGCGUCUGACGACCUGAAGAAGACGUUACACCUCGACUCACCCGAUAACUUCAGGUACCUGAACCGAGGAUGCACCAGAUACUUCGCCAGUAAGGACUCUGAUAAACAAAUCUUACAGAGCCGCAAGAGUGCUGAGGUAACGUUCCUCCUGUGUCCCUCUAACGUUCAAUUUAUGGUGUUUCUACACCAUAAAUUACUAGCAGAGAAAUGAAAUAUUCUAGU